UCUCUUCGAGGGUUUGGCCUCCUCGGUACAACAGCUAAAGUGCAGGAAGAUAAAUCCUUGACAUCUCCAGAUUCUAACCCAAACGUGGCCUAAUAUGGAUCUUAUCCUCGUGUUUUUUAAGCCAAACGCCAUGGCUUUUGUUGCCGAAUCAACUAGUCUACAGCUUUUCAUUUGUUCUGAUUUCUUUUGCUCUCUCUCCAGCCAUUUUCUCCUCAUCGAUGUUCCCUGCAACUUUGCUAGUAAGGUGGAUGAGGAAAUGCGCCAGUGGCCUCCUUUAUGCGUUCACUUUCAUCGUCUUCCUGUUCUUGGACUUUCUCGAUGCUGUUCUUUGUGUGAUAUACAGAUACCUUGAUCAGGUAUUUGAGGGUAAAGCCUCUCCAUGUUACUGUGUGAACAGGGGAGAAGGAGAUAGGGGUCUUGGUGUGGAAAGCGAGGUCUCGGGGACUUUGUAUGGGAGGAGGAAUGUUCUUAGGGAAAUGGGGUUCUUUGGGUUUGCAAGAAGAUGGGAAUGUGCUGGAGGAGGAUUGGUGAAUAGGUGGACUGAUUGUGGGUGUGAAUCUUGUGUUUAUUGGAUGAAGAAUGGUGACCAGAAGCUUCAUGUUGUUGUCAAGGAGCAUCCAGAAGAUUCAGGGGCAGAACGACCUGAAAAUGUAAUAUUUUUACAUGGAUUCCUGUCCUCUUCCUCCUUCUGGACAGAAACUGUCUUUGGGAAUCUGUCUGAACCUGCGAAGCAUAAGAAAUAUAGGUUUUUGGCUGUGGAUCUUCUUGGAUUUGGAAAGAGCCCCAAGCCGAGGAACAGUAUGUACACUUUGAAAGAACAUGUAGAAAUGAUUGAGCAAUCAGUGAUUUCUCCAUUUAAGUUGAAUUCUUUCCACCUGGUUGCUCACUCCAUGGGUUGCAUAAUAGCUGUUGCCUUAGCUGCAAAAUACUCCAAGUCUGUCAAAUCAGUCACCCUCGUUGCACCUCCUUACAUCCCUUGUUCUAAUGAUGGAACAAGUUCAGAAGUGCUUCAAAAAUUUGCUGGAAAGAGACUAUGGCCACUGAUGGCGUUUGGUUCAUCAGUUAUGUCAUGGUAUGAGCAUGUUGGGCGAUGUGUUUGCUUUCUGAUUUGUAGGAACCACAGGACAUGGGAGAGGAUUCUGAAGCUAUUGACUUGGAAGAGAGAUCUCAAUUUUUUGAUUGUGGACUUAACCAGGCACACCCAUCAUUCUGCUUGGCAUAGUAUGCAUAAUGUCGUAUGUGGAGGGGUAAAAUUCAUGGAUGAUUUCCUAGAAACCUUGAGAAAAUCUGGAGUAAGACUCUGUGUCAUCCAAGGGGAUCAAGAUCAGAUUGUCCCCUUAGACUGCUGCAAUGACUUAAAGAUGUCAUUUCCAGACGUGGAACUUAACAUUAUCAGAAAUGCUGACCAUCGAACUGUAAUCCUUGGUAGAGAGAAGGAUUUUACAGAGAGUUUGGGGCAUAUAUGGGCAGCAUCUUCUACUGCAGCUGCAGCUAGGAUAAAACAAUGUUGUGCAAAGGAUUGCCAGACGUUAAAGCUCCAUACCCCAUGUUUGAUUUCUUCUUUUACUGGAACAUCUUGAAGGUUGUGAAUACUGUUCAUAUGUAACAUACUAGGAACUUCGUUAAUUUAUAUUCAUGCAUAAGUCUCAAAUAUGGGCAUGAGAGUUAUUGCUCUUCAUAGGAUAUUUGAAAAAAUUAUUUUUAUUAUU